AUGCCAUAUAGCAAGCUUCACACCCCCUGGGUGGAAGAAGCCUGGGAAACGCCAGAGACCGCCCUUCACAAUACAGACGGCGCCAGACUCUAUGAGACCGAUGGUAGGGCCCUGCUGCACAAGAUAAUCGAGCUCAAUGACGUUCCAAGACUGAAGCAAUAUAUCUCUGUGUAUUCUCCGCCUCUUGAAAUUAAGACCAGGGAAAAUGUUGACCCGCUCUGUGUCGCCGCGGCGACGGGGCGCACCGAUGCUCCCCGUGUUCUCGUGGAUUACUACAACACCGAGCCAACAAAAGUCCCGCUCCACCAACGGAUGGUAUCAUUGUUGACUCUGGCAUGCAAAGAUGCGCAUAUUGAGACAGCGCGAUUUAUUCUGGACUAUCAGCCUGCGCUCCGUUUAGCCCAUGUCGACGAUUCGUACGGCGAUGAAGCGCUGCUGGCGGCUGCGAGGUCUUUGACGUCUUUGCCUAUAGACGGGGUUAGAAUAGACACCCCUUGUGAUUACGACGAGUGGAUGAACAAUCGCAUCAGCCGUGGUGAACAAUUGAUACACUUACAUCUCGAUAAGGGUGCUUCUGCUCAAGCGGUUGAACCGCCCAUCACGCAGGUGUGGGUGACCAGGCUACCAUCCGGAAGUUACGCUGAAAAACAUAGUGAUGACGAGCGACCGCUCCAACCUUCCACGGUUCUCGGUCUUGCUUCCUCCCGAGCUAGUUGUGCGUUGGUGAAACGACUCAUUGAUCAUGGGGCCAAUCCACACGCUAAACAGCAGUACCAGCACAACCCUGGUUCCACAUUUUACUCGGAAUUUGUGUUUCCUUUGGACGUUACAGCAAUUCACAUUAGCAGCAUGUUUUGGAAUAUGAAGGCGGUGCAGGCGCUGCAUGACUAUCACGAUAGCGAUAUCACGGAACCUCUCUCCUGCCUCGAUAGCAAUGGUCGUCUACCGCUUCAUUGGGCAGCUGCGGGCCCCGGAUCAUUUGAAUCCCGGCUUCCUGACGAUGAAAUCAAUAGUCGGCUCACUAGUACUUUCAAGUUACUUCUAUCUGGCUAUCCAGGAAACAGCAAUGUCAAUGCCCCAGACAAUCAGGGUGAGAGUGCCUUACAUUAUGCAGUGAGAGCACACGCCUGCUGUGGUGGAAGCAAGCACUUUAAUGACCUUGUAAUGUUCUUACUGGAGAAUGGGGCGGACGCAUCUGUGGUAGACAUUAAUGGUCAAACCGUGCUUCACAAACUCGCCGCCCGCUGCAUGGCUGGAGAACCCAUAGACACCACUCUGAUAGGGAUCCUUCUAUUGCACGGUGUCAAAAUGAACCAACAAGAUAGUGACGGCAACACUGCAUUGCAUCUUAUGGCUAGAAAUCUACGUCAGACUCAGGCAGCGAAAUUCUUACUUAGUCGAGGCGCUGAUGUCAGUCUCACCAACGCAAAAGGGGAUACAGCUUUACACGAAUGCAUGGUGAUGGGAAUCAUUUUGCAAAGGCAGACGAGAAAAGGGGCCUCCUUGAACCCCACGCUUGCUGACCGGACAAGAGCGCUGGACGAGAUGGUUUGUCUCCUGCUCGAGGCAGCUGAGGGAGAUAGCAUGAUGGACCAGCCAAAUUCAGCAGGUGAGACGCCGCGACAACUGCAGUCUAAGAAACUGGUUUUGUGGCAGGAGCGGAAGCCAGAUGCAGUCACGAGAAACAGUUAA